UUUCACAUGGGUCCAUUGUACCAUGGCGAUGCCACUUCUUUUCUCUUUGAAAUUCAACCACAAAUACGGAUUUAUUCUGCAACUGGUCAUACACAGAACUAUGCAUAUUUGAACUGUCAGCAAGUCAGCCUACCCAAUGGACUGGGUAUCGGUGGCUACGAAAAUAUCUGGCCGUUUUUCUUAAAUGAAGAGUAUGGGCAAGGAAUUACACUCGCAAACAUAAGUUCAUUUGAAAAGUGUCACUUGUCUGGAUCGGAUCACUUUGUGAUCAAGAAUGUAGAAGUUUGGCGCGUGGGAGAAAAACCAAGAGAGCCUUUACAAGAUGAGGAAGUUCCUCGAAGAUGUUAUUUACAAAAUCUUCAGGAUCCGGAAGCCAAAGCAAUAUUGGAAAUGACGGGCAAGAGAAUGCACUCUGAAGCCUAUAGAGAGCCUGCACCGUUACUUGAUGAGAACACCUUGAUCGCAAAACCAAAGCGUCAGUGA